GUGUGUGUGUGUGUGUGGGGGGGGUGUGGUUACUCACAGUGUUUCAGCAGCUGUGUCUAAAUGUGGUGUGUGUGUGUGUGUGUGAUGACAGUUUGUCGGCGUUGGUCAUGAGAAUCGUUCUGCUGCUCGUUCUGCUCGCAGUCGCUCACAGUGACGGCAGGGAGGUCGAAGGUCGAGCAGGUGAGAGCGUCAUUCUGACAUGUAAAUAUGACGCUAAGAAAAAUGGCCGACUGUCAGCUUGCUGGAAUCGAGGAGAUGUACCAUUCCUCGGCGGCUGCAACAACCAGAUCAUCAGCACAGAUGGACAAACGACAGUUUCCAGCAGGUAUCAGUUACUGGGACAACUGGAUGAAGGAGACGUUUCCAUGACGAUCCUGAACCUCACAGAGACAGAUGCUGGACGAUAUGGAUGCAGAGUGCAGAUACCUGGGUGGUUCAAUGAUGAAAAACAUAAUUUUGAUCUGACUGUUGACUCAGGUCCUCAGACCACAUCAGCACCGAACACAGGGUCUACACAGAGUCCAGCCGCUCUGACUGCAGAUCACAUGACCUCCACAGAUCACAUGACCUCCACAGAUCACAUGACCUCCACAGGGCGUGUCCUAACUUCCUCCACUAGCAGCACUGAAGACCUCGCGGACGAGGGGAGCAGCGGAGCGGCGUCUGUGGUUCUGGUGUGCGUUCUCUUCACGUUAAUAGCGUUGCUCACAGUGGGCGGAGCCACCAUUAUGGCGAGAAAAUGGAGGCGACUCGACAAAAUGCCUCAGCAGCAGCAGCAGGUCAACACUUUGCCAACUCUGCAGCUCCAAAGUCGGGGCUCGGCGGUGGAGAACAUUUAUCAGAUCAAUGAAGACGGUGACGGAGGCGAGUACGAGUACUGUCCCUGAAGCUCCGCCCACUGAGCUGCAGGGAGACAGGAAGACGACGAGCUCCGUUAAGUUAGCUUUCAGCUACAUGGAAGGACAGUUUCUGGCUGAAGGAGGCGUCCAUGUUUGUUUUGUCAGAUACAGUCGUUCCCUCAAAGUUUCACGGGUGUAAUUACAACAUGAACGUUGAUGUUAUUUAUAAGAUUUACAAGAUAUUUAAACGAUGGAAAUUUGUACUGAUGAUAACAGAGCGACACAUGAACGCAGCACAGUGUCACCUCAGAGUCUGCUCUGUAAAUAUCCUGAAGAUCUUCACAGGUGAAAUAUAACGGACAUAUUGUCCGAGAUUAGUUCGCUCUCUCAUUGGUAAUUCAUAAAGUAACGAAGACAAACAGCCAGAACUUGAAAACAAGGUUUUCUGCGUAAGAAGUGAAGAAGAAGAAAUUACUGGACUGUGUGCAAUGAACUAGUUGGAAAAAUUGUGAUACUUUAUGAUGAACAUAAGCAUGUUAAAGGGAAACUGUAUUAUCCUGUAUAGAACUUUUCCUUUAUUGUGUCUAGCUUUAAGAGCGGAGUUGUCAGAGAGGAGCGCUGUUAUCAUUAGCUGUGAUGAGGCAUGAAUCGAGUUUCUAUUGUGUCUGUCUCUCUUCAGCAAGAAUGUGAGGUCACUCUCAAUAUUCUGGCUUUAAACUCUGUGUGAAUCUUGUAUUCUUUGAACAUUUGCACUGCGAGCUCUGAUGUGUAGCUUGUUCUCUUGCUGCAAGAAUAAAUAUCCUACUCAUAUAACUUUCA